AUGAUGACCGCGUCGUGUAAAACUCGGCAGAUAUGUUCACCAAGCAAACUGAUAAGGCAGUGCUUUUCAUACUGGUUAGUUAAACGACUCAAAUCAGUGGACAAAAGAAAUAAUUUCGGGAUCUUUCGUCAGUACUUGCUGGGGUACGAUAUCUUGCAGAGAGUUCUUAUCAGAAAUUGCACCGCGCUAAAUGGCUUGCACUCAGCACAAAAUGGGGUUCAAGCGUGGAUCAAUGAUGUUUACCAAGCACGAUCUGUGGAAGAGACUUCUCGAAGUCUUUUUCAGACGUUGUACGUUGGUGAAAACACGUACGGACUUUUUGCAUUACCAGCUUUUAUAGACAGUCGUACGAUAACCGUAGUACCGAAGUAUCUUGGUCCGCCACUGCUAGAAGGUCCAUUACCCGUUGUAGUUGAGAACGAAGAUCCACAAACACAGAUCAAUCCAUCGACUCAUCGUGUUGCUUUGAUCAAUUUGGAUAUAGCAAAAAUUACCCACAAGACUGUCGAUGGAGAGUUUUUAGUGUUGGGCUAUCACGAACCGCCUCAGUUGACUCAAUCACAACUUAUUCCACAGCGAAUUAUUCGUCAUCAACGAUAUCCUUCCUUAUCGUUCGUUACGACGGAUAUGCAAACCGAAGAAAUAUCUGCUCAGACUGCAAAAAGCGAUGAAUACGCUUUGUGGAGGAAUAAUCACUUGGUUAUAGUUAUCGUUAUUUCAUUUACCACACUAUUUGCCAUUGCCUGCUGGUUCUUUAUGGAGAAGCUACGGAAUUAUGAACAGGAAAACUCGCCGGAACAGCGAACAAAUUACGCACAAACAUCGAAAAAUUUUGGAAAUUUUUUGUAUGCGCGGCAAUUACAGCGGCUACCCCAUGGUUGGCUGCAAACUGGAAAUAUCAUGUAUAAUCCAGAAGAUCGUCUCGGACAUGGAUGUGAAGGAACUGUUGUAUUCAGGGGUAAAUUUGAUGGUAGAGAAGUAGCUGUAAAACGAGUUAUUGCGGAUAUUCGACUUGCAGACCGCGAAGUUGAUCUUUUACGUGAAAGUGAUGCCCAUCGAAAUGUUAUCAGAUAUUUCUGUAUGGAAUCUGAUAGUAAUUUUCGCUAUAUUGCACUGGAGUUAUGUGAUUACUCAUUGUUUGACUACGUGGAAAGAAAGGAAAUUCGAGAGCAGUGUCCUCUUAUUCCGUUGGAAAUUCUGCAUCAAGCAACUGAAGGGCUUGCAUAUCUUCAUAGUAUAAAUAUAGUGCAUCGUGAUAUGAAACCGCAAAAUGUACUCCUAUCAAGAGGAACCAGGCAGGAUUCAGUACGAGCGCUGAUCUCAGAUUUCGGUCUUUGUAAGAGACUUCAAGCAGGUCGUAAUUCCUUAUCACGGAAAUCCGGUCUUAUAGGCACUGAUGGUUGGGUCGCACCAGAAGCUUUGAUAUCAGAUGCAAGUAUUACUUGCGCUGUUGAUGUCUUUUCGCUGGGUUGUAUUUACUAUUACGUAUUAACAAAUGGAAGUCAUCCAUUUGGAGAUGUGUUGAAACGACAAGCAAAUAUAAUGCAAGGAGAGUACAGCCUAAAAUUAUUGAACAUGACCGGUAACUUGAUGGCAGUUGCUUUGAUUGAAUCGAUGUUGCGACGUGAUCCACUACUUCGCCCGGUAUCGGCUACUCUAGCAAUACAUCCAUUUUUCUGGAACAAAGAACGUCAACUUAGAUUUUUCAUGGAUGUCAGUGAUCGUAUCGAGAAAUUAAGCGAAAAUAACUUUUUAUUACGUCGCAUAGAAGAAAAUGCUCGCUCUGCUAUCGGUUUCAAUUGGCGUCAAGCUAUUUGUCCCGUCCUUGCAGUUGAUUUACGCAAAUUCCGAACUUACAAAGGCAAUAAAGUUCGAGAUCUAUUGCGAGCAAUGCGGAACAAGAAACACCACUAUCAGGAAUUACCUACAGAGGUGCAACAAUCGCUUGGUCAAGUCCCAGAUCAGUUUGUUACCUAUUUCACUGAUAGGUUUCCGCAGUUAUUGCAACAUACCUACGAUGCAAUGAUUUGUUGUGCUAACGAGCAUGCCUUCAGUAGGUAUUAUUCAGAAGAAGCGCGGAAAAAAGCUGAUGAAUUUGUAGCUGAAAUGGCGGCAAGUGAGAUUAAAGAGUCCGAAGUUGACAGACAAGAGGUAGAAUUUGAGAAUAAAAAAAGAGAAAGCAUCAGCAGAUUAGACGAUAAAGAAACAGAAACUGUCGAUGAAGAAAAUCCGGACGGAAAGAUUACAACUGAUAUAAGCUUACAAGAAGUAGAAAUAGUUACGGCAGAAGAUCCCACAACAACUGUGGAUAAUCGUCGGAAUCGAAAACGAAAACAUUUCGAAAUUUGA